GCGUGCGCGCCUUCGCAAUCAUUCGCGAAAGCGCGCGCACGCCGCGCACAUCGCAUCGCAUUCGUGUCUCUCAGUGACAACCUGUGACAUCACUACGACAAAAUGCCGAAAAAUAUUUUAGCGGAAAUGGGCUCCCAGGUGGGAUUGACCCCCGCCGUCCAGAAUAGAAAGGAGGCGGCAGAAUGGGCGCGACGGCACACCGGUCUCAUGGUCAACCCGUCUUUCGAACCGGACGAAUUCGCGCCCGCAAGUCUAGCGCCGAUGAAAGAAGAAAAGAAGCCACCAGGAGCAGACAAAGGGAUAUUCCUUGUUAACAUGAAAGAGAAGAACGUUCAAGAAGUAGAAGAAUAUGAACCAUAUGAGAACAGAGUCGUAGAUCAUCCUACCACGAACACGGAAACACUGCUACACUUAAUGAAGGGCAGUUUAGGAACCGGUAUUUUAGCGAUGCCGCACGCUUUCUCCAAGUCGGGUUACGCAGUGGGAGCUAUCGGCACCGUGGUGAUUGGAGUCCUGUGCACCUACUGCAUCCACGUACUGAUGGACUCUUGUUACGUGCUGUGCAAGCGGCGGAAGGUACCGUCGCUCACAUACACAGCCGCGGCGGAGGCAGCGCUGUCAGAGGGCCCCGACUGGUGCAAGGCUUGCGCACCUUAUGCCGCGCAUAUCGUGAACGCAUUUCUACUAAUCUAUCAGAUUGGCACAUGCUGCGUGUACGUGGUGUUCGUGUCUGAGAACAUUCAGUUCGUGCUGACGAAGCAGUUCGGAAUAGACGUGGCCGUGACUGAUGUUAUGCUAUGGAUCCUCGUCCCUCUCGUACUUAUUAACUGGGUGCGAGAUCUCAAGUACCUCGCGCCGUUCUCCGCUAUCGCCAACGCCGUCACCAUUGUCAGCUUCGGAAUUAUCCUCUAUUACAUAUUCAGAGUUACACCUACAUUAGAAGGCAAAGUACCAGCUGGCAAAAUCGGAGACUUUCCACUUUUCUUCGGAACUGUACUCUUCGCGUUGGAAGCUAUCGGUGUAAUUCUGCCUCUCGAGAAUGAGAUGAAGACCCCCAAGGACUUCGUAGGAAAGUUCGGCGUCCUCAACCGCGCCAUGAUUAGCAUCAUCAUUCUGUACGUGGGCAUGGGCCUGUUCGGCUACCUACAGUAUGGCAACGCCGCCGCUGGUAGCAUUACACUGAAUUUACCAUCAGAAACUGAAAUCCUAGCGAGUGUGGUACAAUGCCUGCUGGCGUUCGCUAUCUUCAUAACGCACGGUCUGGCGUGCUACGUGGCCAUUGACAUCUUGUGGGGCGAGUACGUUGGGCCCCGCAUACACUCCUCGCACCGUACACUCUGGGAGUACGUCUUGAGGACGCUCGUCGUUCUACUCACAUUCGGCAUCGCGGCGGCGGUGCCAGAACUGGAUCUAUUCAUCUCGUUAUUUGGAGCACUCUGUCUCUCGGCGCUGGGCCUGGCCUUCCCAGCCUUCAUCCAGAGCUGCACCUACUGGUACUACGUAUCUGAUUCAGAGCGUAUACGGAUGAUCAUCAAGAACUCAAUCGUUGUAGUGUUUGGUACACUGGGACUCGUUGUCGGAACUUGGACUUCACUAGAGGGCAUCAUUGUCAAGUUUUCCGGACACGGACAUGGAUCCGUUGCUAACACCACUGAGAUUUUCAACCAAACAGUCUUAGCACCGUGAAAUACGUUUGAACAAUGAUUGGGAAAGUGCCAUUAUUUGCAGAAUUGUCCGUGGCACCUUCUAAGUACAAAUAGCGUAUGGGUCGGACAGUAUAGAAAUAGCUUUGCACUUCAUUCCUCUGCAAAUGGAAUAUUACCUCAAAAUAAAUUUUUAUUUACAUAUAAAAUUUUACAGACAAUCGUUAAGUUUUAAAUGUAAUACAAAAAA